AUGCACCGGCAUGGGGGUCCUUGGUGCCCGCUGACACUGUUGGUGCUGCUGGCUGCAGCUGGCGGCCAAGAACCCCUGGAGUGCCGGGAACAAGCCGUGCCUGCCGACAGCGUGCUGCAGCUGCUGCCGGAGAAACCCCCGCAGGGAUGGACAAAGGUCAAGUGGAGAGUGAGACUGGAUGGAGGGCGCUUCCAUCGGAUCCUGACGGCUGAGAAGAGUGAAGUUGCCUCAUCCUCCAAGGGUCUUUUUUCUGGGAGAGCUGUUUUUCAGCAGGAGACCCUCUCCCUGUGGAUCAGCCCGGUCAGCACGGCAGACAGUGGGGUCUAUAGGGCAGAUUUUGAGGACACAUUAGGCAUUGUUACUGCCCUGUGCUUCCGCGUGUCGGUAUGGGAGCCCGUCCGCCAGCCGCACGUGGACGCACGCAUCCUGCACUGGGAGCAGGGCCUGUGCAACCUCUCGCUGGUCUGCACCGUAGCGGGCGCCAGCAAUGUCUCCUACAACUGGUCCUGCACUGGGGGUCCCCCGGGAGCCCUGGAGCACCAGCCCUGGCCGCACCUGCAGGUCCACGGGGACGCCGACCCCACCGUCUGCUGCUGCAACGCGAGCAACCCG